AUGUCGAAUCCAACGGAUAUUUUGAUUGAAAAACUCAAACUACAUUGUCUUUUUCGCGAAAGAGUGUUUGUCAAAUGGGAAGAUCAAUCGGGUGCACCCUGUACGCUAGGUUCUCGUCUGAAGCGUAAUGGACAGAAUCUCGAAUUUUUCCUGGCUGUAUACUAUGAUGAGGAAGGACGCAUUCAUAUUCACUUUUCUCUCAAGACAUCAAUUAUACUUGGAGGCAAUAAGGAGAAAAUGGAGAUCUUGUUGGUUGUUCCCCCAGACGCCAAUUUUGCAGAGUCACCUAAGCGUCGUUUAAUAUCGAAUAUCGGUAAUUUAUCUCGUCUUGAUGCUUCUGCUAUUCACGAUGCUGGACUUAGUGAUUCAACACACAUCAUUUGUUUACAAUUCGAUUUAACAACAAACGGAUUCGUCGUUGUAAAGGGAACGAAUACUGCAACAAUUAAGCCCCGAAAUUACACUUCAAAAGAAUUGAUUUGUGGUCUUGAAUCUCUAUCUGAUACGAAAACCUUCGCUGUAUAUAUCAAGCCAAAUGAUUAUGCGCUUGUGGGUCUGGAAGAAGUUCGCAAACGCUUGAACAACACCCCCGCCGACAUACACAAAGCCAACACGAAAGAGAUGUAUUUUCGACAAGUGCCUGAAUUAGUGGCAUGGAGUAAACUUGACCCACUAUCACUACUACCACCAUAUACCAAAAAUCCUCAGCUAUUCCCGGAAGUGCAGGCUCCCCAGUCAACACCAAUCUUCGAACAGGAAACAUCAUCAGGCAAAAUUGUUGAAGCAGCAAUUACAGAAACACUACCUCAUAACUCGACAUUGAUGCAUGGCAUUGUCUCUCAUGACUGUGAAGAGUUGUUGGACAUUCAAGUAAAUUUGGAUGAUGUCGAAAACGAUCCCAGAUAUAUGGAAAUGAACUUCGGUGUGGAUUCGGACGAGGAACAGCUCGCCAAGGAACAGCUUGCUAGUUUAGACUCUCGGGGAUUAGAUCAGCAACUCGAUCAUAGGUCCACAAUAUCACAAGCUCUCAAUUCGCGGCUGUUGAAAUGGAUACAAACCACAAUACGAAUAAACUCAAAUGUUUAUGAACACAAACAUUUAAUUACCAAGUUAUCAAUUCUGGGUAAUUGCGUUCGUAUAUCAGACAUUAGGUUAUUUAAUGUAACUUUAUUCUGGUGCUCUGCAUUGUUUUUCUACGAUCCACUCGAUUCCGACCCUAACAACAAUCUCGGAUUAUGGAAGGAGACAAAUACGUGGCUCAUUUCAGACAUAGCCAAGCUGAUUCGAUGGGCUAACGAUAAUGGGGCUCAUCAUGAUGUCGAGAUAGCCCCGGCAUUGGUAAAGCAUUUCAUAAGGUUGGGUGAUGCUGCUCGUGCUGUUGCUCUAGAUGGUGGAUGUAACAAAGAAGAGUAUUAUGAUCAGAAAGGUGUCUGUAUUACUUGUGUGUUGACAGAGUUUAGCAAGCUUGGUAAUAGUGAUAGCAAAGAGAACGACAAAUCUGUUUGUCGGAAACGGAAAAGCUUAGGAGCUCUGCUUCUAAGCUAA